UUCACUCUAGCCGCUAGGCAGCGCUGAUCGACUCCAGGCCAACACAUGCUACUUUGCGCGGUGAAAAGAAGCGUCCCGCGUGCGUAUUUAGUUGACGAACAAAUCAAGCACACGAUCGCAAACUAGUUAAAACACUACUCCAAGACCCCGCUCUGUCCCCUGUAAGGGCACGUGUUUAGUGACUGUUAUUGUGGACUGAAAUCGUGCUGUGGUGUUCCAUUGUUGUUAAUUAUGGACGAUUUAAUAGUUCGCUAGUAGACAAACAGUUUAAUGGGACGAAUUCCGAUGACUGAGGUUUCCAAGAAAAGUUUCUAAUACCCUCCAAAACGGCUACCGAUUUCGAGCACUAUUAUUCGUCUUCUAGCUUAACUAACUCUGACGAAUCAGGAUGCGAGGCUGACAUGGCAGAAGGCGGUGUCGAAGAAGACAACAGCGAGAUGUUAGGUCCCACUUUGGCUCCCGUCCUACAAACCAUGCAUACCCCAGCACCAUCGAAUUUGAGCGCCAGGGAUGAGGAAAGCGACUGUGAAAGCAGCGUCGGGUCGCCAGAACUAGCGUCGCUGGACAUGGGUGCCGACACCGGCACCGACCUGACAAUCGGAUCAAAACAGAUGCAUAGUCGACUAGAAGAAGCGAACUCGAGCGAUACAAAAAUGUCGCCUAACGCGUCGGCAGCGGCUUCUCAUUUAAAUGGGACAAUGGCCGGUCUAGUGACGCUUCAGAACCUCCAGAACUUAGCCUCCCUCCAACAGAGUCUUCCACAGGUGGCCUCUUUGGCAGCAGGACUUUCGAAUAUGGCCAAUUUAUCCGGGAAUUCCGCUGUAAAUGCUCCCCUCAACCUCAGCGUCAGUGCAUCAGCGGCGACGCCACGAAGCUCCCAGCCCAGCGGCUUAACAGAUUCUCCCCCCAGCAUAAUGACGACCCCGCUGAGCACCCAGCAACCUCCGCCAGCGCCGGCGAUGCAGCCCCCCAACCCUCUCAUGGGGUCGCAGCAGCCCGCACCUAUGCCCCAAUUCAUCUUGGCCUCGGGACACUUAGUCCAAGGCAUUCAAGGUGCCCAGCUACUCAUACCGACCUCGCAAGGGCUAGCCACGCAGACAAUCCUAACAAUACCAGUGAACCAUGUAAAUAGUACGGACCAAAUGGUCAACUUAGCUUUAAAUAACGGUCAAGUAAUGCAAACAUCUUUAGCGAACCUCCAGGCGAUGGCCCAGAGUAAUCUCCUAAACAAUCACACCAAUCCAGUUCCACCAACAUCAAACGGCACCAUAAACCCGAACCUCCUCAACCCCGCCACACUGACCCAUCUUCUGUCCAACGGCUCAGCACAGCAACUCCUCCAAUCCAUCCCCCAGAUAUUAAACAACCCCCACGCGAACCCCAACCCUCCCCCGUUGCUGAAUCCUUUAACACAACCCCUGCUCUCUACCACACCAAACCUCCUCUCGACACCCACCUCCCAGUCCACGUCGCAACACAGGAGUCAGAUGAACUCCAGCAGCCACUACGUUGAGCCCAAAUUGCACGCCCAGGCCCUACCAAGGAACCCAUCGCCGCCCAACGCAACCGGUAACCCCAACAGGUUGGCCAAUAACGGGGAAAUAAGCAUCACUACCAACCACGGGCCUAAUUCUAGUCAGAAUAUGAAGAGGUCGCCUUCGUCGCUGUCCCCGAAUUGCACGGAUAGCUCUACUGCUGAUCUCUUGAUCGACUCUCCAAAUCAACCAACAAUCAAUCAAACCAACAGCAACGUGGUGGACGGCAUCAACCUGGAUGAAAUCAAAGAUUUUGCUAAAGCCUUCAAACUAAGACGUCUCUCUCUAGGAUUAACUCAAACCCAGGUUGGUCAGGCGUUGAGCGUCACUGAAGGGCCUGCCUAUAGUCAAAGUGCCAUCUGCAGUGCCCUGGCGUCACAGAUGUUUGCCGCCGCGCAACUUUCCACUCAGCAGCAGGCAAUGUUCGAAAAGCUCGACAUCACCCCGAAGAGUGCCCAGAAGAUAAAGCCGGUGCUGGAGAGGUGGAUGAAGGAGGCGGAGGAUAGUUUUUCUGAUUCUAGAUACAAAAGUGGACAGAACCACCUGACAGACUUUAUCGGAAUCGAACCAUCCAAGAAAAGGAAAAGACGAACCUCAUUUACACCACAGGCUUUGGAACUUCUUAAUGCCCACUUCGAAAGAAACACUCAUCCAUCAGGUACCGAAAUAACUGGUUUGGCACACCAAUUGGGAUACGAAAGGGAAGUCAUCCGAAUAUGGUUUUGCAAUAAAAGACAGGCCUUGAAGAACACCGUCAGGAUGAUGUCGAAAGGAAUGGUUUAAAACUGUGAUUUUUAAAUUUUAACGUGUAAAUAAUACUCCAACAAUCAGUAAAAGUGUAAAUAAUAUUGUGAAUACAAGAAAGUUUAGACCUAAGGGAUCUAUAGGAUAAAAUGUGUGUACACUUUUAUUUAUUUAUUUUAUUCAAGUAUUUAUUUUUGUAAUAACACGGAUUUUAGAAAACUGCUAUGUCGGAAGAAGAUAUGUAUACGAUUAGAGUCAUGUACAUUAUUUUUUAAAUAAGAGAUACAUAUCUGAAUGUUAUGUAUACGAAACUGCAAAAUUACUUGUCCAACGUGACCAAUACGGAUUUAGAACAAUCAAUUUUAAAUGGAAUGUAAAGAUAUAAUUUUGAUAAGAAAAUAAAAAACAAAACUAAAUACGCAAGCCUAGCUCUGUAGUAAUGCCAUAUAUUUUUAUUUCUUUUAGGAUUUUGCUAUUACAUAAGAUAUACAAAUCGAACUUUCAUACACUAGUAGCUCAAAGAUAAUACAGUAACUGCCACCUAGCAAAAAGCGAAAGCUUAAACGAUAUUCAUUUUUGAAAUCCCGCAGUUAUCAAUUUAACGCAUCUUAUGUAAUAACAAUGUUUAAUUUGAAAUGAUCUCAAAGUGUAUAUUUGUAUAAAAAAAAUUGUAAGUAGGGGGUUUAAGAACCUCUGAAAGAAACCAAAGUUCCUAUUAGUUCUUAAGAUUGCGUGUUUUGUAAAUAUCUCUAAUUUUAAGGACGUAGUUAAAUAACUAUUAAAUUUACGGAAGUCUGUCGUUGUCAGAAUAGAUAUUAUUAUUGUGAAUUAUUAUUAUUAGGCAUCUUGUAAUAUACGAUAAUAUAGUAAGUGGAUGAAAUUGUACUUGUUCGUAAUGUAGAUGUAAACAAAAUAAAAGAUCA